UCAAACCGGAUUCGGUGAAAAAGAACAUCUUCAUCUCCCAAGUACACAACAACUCACGUUCAGGCAAGGACAGCAGAAAGUCAAUGUCUUCCUCGUUCUUGCCAUCGACGUCUUUUGCAACUCAAAGAAGAACAUCCCAGAAAUUAGGAAACCCAAAAACUGCCGGACCCCUUGAUCCGUGUAUAACUCCUGCUUCAAAUCCCAGACCCAUCUUUCAGUUUCUAGCUUUUGGAUUGAUUAUAUUCCUCGCCUUGCUUCAGUUACUACCUGCCACUCAUUUUCGAGACCCAUUCGACCCUUCUAGAAACUGGGCUCCUCUCCAUUCUAAUCCUUCUUCUCCAUUGAGGGAGUUUAGGGAUGCAAGAAAUGGUGAUGCAGGUGGAGAUGAUGGAAUGGUGCAUGUUGUUUCAUGGAUGGAUUGUUUAGACCUCAGAGCUCUUGCAGUUCUGGCAAAUUCAACUCUGUCAAGCUCAAGCCAUCCAGAUUUGGUUUUCUUUCAUUUCUUUAUUCCUGGAGGGAAUGAAGACAAAGUGUCUUUCUAUAAGUUGAAGGUCUUGUUUCCACAUUCAAACCUUGAAAUUCAUGGGCAAGAGCAGGUUAAAGAAAUAAUGAGGACUGUUUUUUCUGGGGGACAAUAUGCUGAACCCAGUUAUGAGGAAAUAGUACCUUUUAUCAUACCCACCGUGCACAAUUUCUUGAGAAAAUUCAUAUACGUCUCAGCGAAUGUAAUUAUGAAGGCUAGAGUUGAAGAACUAAUUGGAGUUGACUUGAACAACUAUGCCAUAGCAACAGCUGAAGACUGCUCCCAAAGAUUAAAAAAUUAUGUGAAUUUAGAUGUGUUGGAUGCUAUUCAGAGAUCGGCUUCAAAGGCAUGGGUAUCUGAGACACCUUAUGCUAAGGAUUCUUGUUUGCCAGACUUCAGCGUACUAGUUAUUAAUGCGAGGAAAUUAGAAAAAGAUUUUGUCGAGAUCGUCUUAUGGUGGAGCAAAGCUCUGAAUUUGAGGGAAAGGACCAAUAAAAAAAAUGUAGCCGUUGCAUUAGCACUCUACAAUAGUUAUCUCAAGCUUUCUUCAUCUUGGCUGGUCAAGGAUUUCUCAUCAUCCCAAGUUAACAACAGUAUGAUUAUCCACUACGAUGGGCCCAAGACUAGUUGUAAGGAAUCCAUCAAUGGUACUGCCUCGGAAUACAGUCAUGGCAAUGUCUGGACUCGGUACCUUCCUUCAACCUCAGAUCGAAUCUUGGGCAGCUAGGAUAGGUACCUCUGUAACAAUGCAGAAGCAGGGCGUGGGAUGAAAUUCGCCUUGAGAUGUAUAAUAAGGCACUUGAUGUUGUAAGUCAGAUUGAACAUGAAAAUGUACAUCUUUGAGAUAAUUGAACAUUUAAUUAUUUUUUUUCUUUGCUCUGAUGUAAUUGAUACAUAUCUAAUAUGAAUGGAAAUUUUUUCCACAGUAAAA